AUGGACGAACCCAUCGACAUCAAUAAUCCUAAUGAUUACGCAAAAAUUGACGAGUUGACUGCUCAAGGUCUCCUGGAUCGCGAUGCUGUUUUAUACAAGCUGACCCGAAGAAUCUGCAAGUUUGGUGUGAUCAAGUCAGAAAGCGAGUUACCCCAUCUCCGCAGAACAUUUGACUCUCUUGCAGUGCAGGAAAAUGGCACCAAGACACUCACUCAGACUGGAUUCCUGUCCUUCCUGGAGUCCACCGGCUUUCUUCCUCCAUCCAUGAGAGACACUGGCGCCCUCGUUUAUCGCAGUCUUCUAUACCUGUCUCAAUACCCAUUUCAUCAGCCAAUCCCCGAUUCUCUCACCUACAUGGGGCUAAUCCGUGCACUAGCAUGGACCAUGGCUUGGCGGACGAGGCCGAUCCACGAAGCAUGCAGAUGGAGCCGAACCCGAUCGCCGGCAGAUUCUAGAAGACAGUUGUUCCAGAGCUUUGCAACGGGCCGAGAUGGCAAGUCUGUCCCGUUUGAUGCGGAAUACGCUAAGGCCCAGGCACAGCGGAGAGCUUUUGACUUUGCCUGUGCUAGUCAUGAUUCCCUUACCUGUAUAUUUCCUAAAACGAACUAUGAUGAUCACGGAGAUGAGAUGUUCCACGAUAUCCUUGAUGUGCUGUUCAGCAUCCAGCCUCAAAUCAUUUGGCUAGCGCCACCUCCUCGAGAUUGCUUCCGAGCGACUGCGAGGAAGCUGGCCGGAGAUGAACGCCUUCCUGAUCUAAGCAUUCCCCAGGACCAGUUUCGAGCUAUUGUGAAGUUGCUGGUGAUGGCAUCCAUUCGAGGACCAACAGUUCCAGUCGAGGAGCUGAUUGACUUGGACCAUGUUGUCGAUUGUAUGGUCAACCGUGCUAUUCAGAGACCUGAUAUCGGAAUUACCUGGGAUAUGUAUGACCAGGCGGCUCGUAAUGGCAUGAUCCCGAGGAUAAAGACUACGCUUUGA